AUGACGUCGACCCCCACACCCACCUCGAGCUGGUUCAGCAAGGGCGCCGAGAGCCGUCAAGAACAGAGCAGAGACACCAUGGGUAACAGCAAAAGCCCGCUGAUGAGGCGGUCAAGAUGGCGCAGGUCGAGCUCCAAGGUUUCAGGGGAGGAUAUCCUUGCGCUGCAGGAUCUGGAUCCGGCCCUGAACUCGAAGAUGCAUUUGGUCAAUGACGCUAUCGAUGAUAUUGGUUGGACGCCAUACCAUACGAAGCUGUUUUUCCUCAACGGGUUUGGAUACGCAGUCGAUUCCUUGGUCCUCCUCCUCCAGUCUGUCAUUGCCGGCCCGGCCUACCGAGAAUUUGGAAACCGAGGUUACCAAGAAGGCCUGACGGUCGCGGUGUACUCUGGCAUGUUGAUAGGGGCACUGUUCUGGGGUUUUGGCGCAGAUAUUGUUGGACGGCGAUACGCAUUCAACCUAUCUCUCCUGAUCUGCUCGCUUUCGGCCAUCAUUGCGGGAGGAAUGCCAAGUUGGGCUUCGCUGGGAUUUUUUGUGUCACUGAUUGGGUUUGGUGGCGGAGGGAACUUGGUUUUGGACACCACUGUGUUUCUGGAGUAUCUCCCUGGCAGUAAACAAUGGGUGUUGACAAUGAUGGCGGCGUGGUGGGGACUGGGCCAGGCCAUCACAGGUCUCAUUGCUUGGGGCUUUCUGGUCCCGACGAGAUGGAAUUGCGCCUCGGUCGAUACAUGCACCAUGGCCAACAAUAUGGGCUGGAGAUAUGUCAUGUUCACAAGCGGCGCCCUAGUAUUGGUGCUGUCGAUUCUCCGAUUGACAAUUAUUCGCCUGAAGGAGACACCAAAGUACCUCCUGGGCGCUGGGGAAGAUGCCAAGGUCGUCGAGACAUUGCAGUAUCUUGCAGGGAAGUACAACCGGCCCUGCAGUCUGACACUGAACCAGCUAGGGGCCUGUGGUCUGGUCACUGGCACUCACAGCAAGAACCGCUUCUCAAUCGGGGAAACCAUGGUCCAUCUCAGAGGCUUGUUUGCCACACACAUGAUUGCUGUCUCGACAGUGAUGAUAUGGCUGUCCUGGGCAAUGGUGGGUCUUGCAUACCCCCUGUUUUACGUCUUUCUCCCAAGCUAUCUCGAGGCUCGCGGAGCCAAGCUGGACCUGUCCCAGUUUGAGAUUUGGCGCAACUAUGCUCUCACCAACUUUAGCUCCAUCUUUGGUCCCUUGCUCGCCGGCUGGCUGUGCAACCUUUCCUUUCUCGGUCGGCGAUAUACCAUGCUCAUCGGAGGGCUCAUGACAGCGGGCUUUUUUGUUGGGUACACGCAGGUGCGAACGGCGGCCCAGGAUGUCGGAAUCUCCUGCGCCAUUGCUUUCAGUCUCAAUGUUUACUAUGGGACGCUGUAUGCAUACACGCCAGAAGUGCUUCCCAGUGCACACAGGGCCACGGGCAACGGGAUUGCGGUGGCAUGCAACCGGAUCAUGGGCAUACUGUCGGCCGUCAUUGCCACCGUCGCGGAUACUUCGACGGUUGUGCCCAUUUAUAUCUGUGUCGGUCUCUUGGCGGUGAUGGGUGUGGUGGCUGCUUUGUUUCCUUUUGAGCCUUAUGGGCGGAGGAGUUCUUGA